AUGAGGUUGCCACUAUUCGCACUUGUAGCAACCCUUGGAAGCUUCCUGCAUUUAUCUCGGGCAAAUGUUUUUAAUGCUGAAGGCCCUGCACAAUGUUCAAUCUAUGGAAAUUGCGGCAAGAAAAGUGUGUUUGGAGCAGAGUUGCCAUGCCCUGUGUCCAAGCAGUUUAAACCAAAGCCACUUCCAGUAGAAGAUCGAGAAUUCUUGGUGGAGGUGUGUGGAACUGAUUGGCAAGAUACACCAAAUGUAUGCUGCACAAAGGAUCAAGUUGUGAAUCUUCGAAACAACCUACAAAAAGCUGAAGGGCUUAUUGUGUCUUGUCCCGCCUGCCACGAGAACUUCAAGCGCCUUUUCUGUCAUUUUACAUGCUCUCCUCAGCAGCAGCAUUUUACCGAAGUCACGGAAACUCAAAAAUCCACCGAUGGCAGGAAUAUUGUGGCUAGCAUGGACGUUUUUCUGGACUCUACGUGGGCUUCUCAAUUUUACGAUUCUUGUAAAGGUGUUAAAUUUGCUGCUACCAACGGAUAUGCGAUGGAUCUUAUCGGCGGUGGUGCUAAGAAUUACGAGCAGUUUCUUAAGUUUCUAGGUGACGAGAAGCCCUUACUUGGAGGCUCACCAUUUCAAAUCAAUUAUGUCUAUAACACCAGCGGCACAGACCGUCAUUUGUUCAACGAGACGGUAUACGCUUGUGACGAUGAACAUUAUAAAUGUGCCUGCACAGAUUGUGGAGCGUCCUGUCCCAAACUGGCACCCCUAAAUGAGGGCACACAUAAGAUCGCAGGUAUGCCAUUAUUAUCGUUUGUCGUCCUGACUGUAUAUGGGGCACUUUUUGUCUCUAUUGUCCUUUGGCAUCUUUAUCUGUUCAAAACCAAGGAGAGGCCAAUAAUGCUCGAACACGAUGUGGAACAGGACGAGGUUUUGGAAGCAAGCGAUACCCUAUUUCAAGAGCACACAUACCACGUAUAUUCUGUGGACGACAAAACAGCCAGCUUCUUGAGCCAUAUAUCCAGCUUUUCUGCGGCGCGGCCUGCUAUGGUUUUAACGCUGACAACUUUAUUUGUUCUUCUUUUGUCGGGAUGUGCAUGGAUAUUUGGUGAGCUUGAGACAAAUCCCGUGGACCUGUGGGUGAGUAAGACAUCACCGAGAUAUCAGGAAAAGCUCUAUUUUGAUGAGCACUUCGGACCAUUCUACAGAGUAGAGCAGGUUUUCAUUGUCAACGAAACAGGGCCAGUCCUGUCCUAUGAUACUUUAGCAUGGUGGUUUUCGGUGGAAGAAAACAUUACCAGCCAUCUCAAGUCUUCAGAACAAUUAGGUUACCAAGACUUGUGCUUCAGACCAACAGAAGACAGCACCUGCGUGAUAGAAUCCCUUACUCAGUACUUCGACGCGCAACUUCCAAAUGAGGCCGAUUGGAAGUUCAAACUCAAAUCAUGUGCGGAUUCCCCAGUCAAUUGUUUGCCGAGCUUUCAGCAGCCGCUCAAACCAAAUCUUUUGUUCAGCGACGAAAACAUACUUGACUCGAAAGCGUUCGCUGUAACCUUACUUGUAAAUGAACACUCAAAAGAUGCCAUUCUCUGGGAACAACAACUUGAGGAAUUUCUGUUGAGCCUAGAACCCCCGGAGGGUUUACGCCUAAGCUUCAGUACAGACAUGUCACUGGAGAAAGAAUUGAACAGAAAUAAUGAUAUUCUGAUUAUUUGUGCAUCCUAUUUGCUGAUGUUUUUUUACGCAUCAUGGGCCCUGGGCACCGAUACGGGAGAGAAGCGAAUCCUUCUAGGCUGUUCCGGUAUAUUGAUAGUGUUGGGGUCAGUCACGUCAGCUGCUGGGGUAUUGAGUCUUCUGGGUGUUAAGUCGACCUUAAUUAUCGCAGAGGUAAUUCCUUUCUUGAUCCUGGCCAUUGGUGUCGAUAACAUAUAUUUGAUUACCCAUGAAUAUGACCGAGUCUUCAAUGGCACUGAUCUCCUGGAUGUGCAACAAAUCAUGGAGAAAGCGUUGAGAAAAAUCUCCCCCUCAAUUGUCCUGUCUCUUCUCUGCCAACUCAGCUGCUUCUUGACGGCCACAUUCGUUAAAAUGCCCGCAGUCCGCAACUUCGCUAUUUACUCUGCCGUCUCCAUCGUCGUUAAUGUUCUAUUGCAGCUUAGCGCGUAUGUGUCUAUCUUGACAUUAUACGAGCAGAAAUUCCCGAGAAAACGCUUGGCGGCUACUUCUGAAAUCCCUGCCGAAUCGAGGUUCAAGAAAAUGUAUUUGAAGUUGAUUCAAAAGAAAAAGAAGUUAUGCGGAAUUUUCAUAUCUGGCACCUUGACUGCGCUUGUCAUUCUACCAUUUCUCAAGUCAGGAUUGGACCAAACCUUGGCUGUUCCGCAGGACUCUUACUUGGUGGACUAUUUCCAUGACGUCUACGAAUACUUGAACGUGGGGCCUCCCGUCUACUUUGUCUUAAAAGAUCUUGAUCUCACGAAGCGCGAGAACCAGAAAAAAGUCUGUGGUAAAUUUACAACUUGCGACGAGCUUUCACUCGCAAACUCGUUGGAGCAGGAACGCAAAAGGUCUACAAUUGUGGAGCCGGUGGCAAAUUGGUUUGACGACUUUAUGAUGUUUUUGAAUCCCCAAUUGGAUACAUGUUGUCGUUUCAAAAAAGGAACAGAUGAUAUUUGUCCGCCCUUUUAUCCUAGCAGAAGAUGUGAAACGUGCUAUGCUGAAGAUGAAUGGUUUUAUGACAUGCAAGGUUUUCCAGAAGGGCGUGCGUUCAUGAGAUAUUUUGAUAUAUGGAUCAAUGCACCUAGUGAUGAAUGCCCUCUGGCAGGGAAAGCUCCUUAUUCCAAGGCUGUUGCGUAUAAUGACAGCACUAUCACAUCGUCUAUUUUUCGAAGUGCACACAAACCAUUAAGGUCUCAAGAGGACUAUAUUGCUGCUUACAAUGAUGCUAGUCGUAUUGUUGAGUCGUUUGAGCAGUUGGACAUUUUUGCCUAUUCUCCGUUUUAUGUCUUUUUCGAGCAGUACAGAACGCUAAUCUCGUUGGCUCUAAAACUGCUCAACUUCUCAGCGUUUUUGGUUUAUAUGAUAUCGUGGCUAAUUUUGGGCUCCGCAAGCACUGCAGGUCUUCUAGUCUUGACAGUUGGGAUGAUACUUAUCGAUCUUGGUGCAUUAAUGUACUUGUUAAACAUCUCACUCAAUGCUGUUAGUCUGGUUAAUUUGGUCAUUUGCGUUGGCAUAGCCGUCGAGUUUUGCGUUCAUAUUGUGCGCGGCUUCACUAUUGUGCCGCCUCAUGUCAAGACGGAUCGCGAGUCGAGAGUAAUUCAUGCUGUCAACACAAUUGGUGGGUCUGUUUUCAGCGGCAUAACCAUGACAAAGUUAAUUGGAGUUACAGUCUUGGCUUUUACCAGGUCCAAGAUCUUUCAAGUUUUCUACUUUCGUAUGUGGUUCAUUCUGAUCGUGGUUUCAUCUCUACAUGCCCUGCUUUUCUUGCCCGCGAUUCUAUCUUUACUAGGCGGCAAGAGCUACGCGGACGCGGAAGUUGACUUAGCUGAUUAA